CAAACUGAAAUAGUUCCGUCACCGGGCUGUAAUCGAUCCCAAAUCCCUCCCCACACUCUCGCUCUCCGAUCUCAGUCUUCCUCGUCCCCCCAAUGACGACAUCUCACGAAUCCGUAGCUCCCGUCCUCCGCCUCGCUGUCGCCUCUCGCCUCCUCGUCGUAACCCUAAUCGUAUUAUGGCGCCUCCUCUUCGAUCCCUACGAUACCUCCGCAUCACUCAACCCCCCGUGCCUCGGCGAGAGAUCUCAGCCGUCAGAUUCGAUCCGAUGGCCGAAGACCUCCGCCGCGAUAGAGAGCAGCGUUGUAUGGGACGGCGUUUUCUUCGUCCGCAUCGCCGAGUGCGGGUACGAGUACGAGCAGACCUACGCUUUCCUCCCUCUGCUUCCUAUCUCCAUGGUCUUGCUCUCAAAAUCAGUUUUUGCUCCGUUGGUUCCGAUGAUUGGGUAUAGAGCGGUUUUGGCGUUGUCGGGAUAUGUUUUGAAUAACGUGGCAUUUGUGCUUGCUGCAGUUUUUCUUUACAGGCUUUCAAUUCUUAUAUUAAAGGACUCUGGAGCUGCCUUACGAGCUUGUAUACUGUUCUGCUUUAAUCCAGCUUCAAUAUUUUACUCAUCAGUAUAUUCGGAGAGUUUGUAUGCCUUAUCUUCACUUGGAGGACUAUUCUACUUAUUUUCUGGUUCUAAUACUGUAGCCAUGCUGCUGCUUGCUCUCUCUGGUGCAGCUAGGUCAAAUGGUGCUAUUAAUGCUGGCUAUUUCUGUUUUCUGGCGAUGCUUCAGGUCUGUGAUGCUAUCAUCCAGAAGAAAAGGCAUAAAUUGGCUGUGCAGGUAGUUGCUGCUGGGAUUGGCCGUUCUCUUUUUAUAUUUUCUCCAUUUAUCCUUUUUCAAGCAUAUGGAUACUGGAUUAUUUGCCAAUGUAGCAGUUCUAAUGAGUUGAGGCCUUGGUGCAAAGGAAGAGUCCCUCUUCUAUAUGGUUUUCUUCAAAGUCAUUACUGGGGUGUAGGUUUCUUGAGAUAUUUCCAGAUGAAACAGUUGCCCAAUUUUCUUCUCGCGUCUCCAGUAUUAUCUUUGGCAGUCUGCUCAGUUGUUUGGUAUACUAGCUCGCUGUUUAAAGUUUUUCAGUUCUCAAGGGAGGGUAAAACUUUUGCCUCUAUGAUGCAUCCAGUGGGAGAUAAUCAGAGUUCAGAUUCUCCAUCUCAGUUAAAUUACAGCAUGUCUUCUGAAACUGUUGAAGGGGAUCAUAGGGUGAGGCGGCGGAAAAAGGAGAGUCUGGAUAAAGGUUCCGAGAGUAUCCAAGAUCCCUAUCCUCGUCCAGAAGCUUCCCAUAAUUUUCUCCAAGGAUACCAUUCUAUCAUGGUUCUCCCUUUCAUUUUACAUUUGGGUUUCAUGACUUUUACUGCCUUCUUUGUUAUGCAUGUGCAGGUUGCUACCCGCUUCUUGUCUGCAAGCCCUCCCAUCUACUGGUUUGCUUCAUAUGUACUGGACUCACCUGGCUCCAUAUCAAGAAGAAUUUGUUAUUUUAUCUGGUUUUACUUCAUUGGCUACAUUCUUCUUGGCAGUCUUCUCUUCUCAAAUUUCUAUCCUUUCACUUGAUCCACAGCUUUCGCCGACAGCUUUGUAUAAAGUGACAUGCCGCAUCUUUAUUUAAGAGCUUAUUCUACAGUGUUUCAGUUUAGCAUUCAGUAGAGAAAACAAUCUACUAUAUUCCUCGGAAAGUUUUAUUAGUUUGAAGGAAACUAGAGGGGGGAGAGAGAGAGAAAGAGAACCGUUUCUUUCGGAAUUACUGAGUGAUUGAAUUUCUUUACAAGGGAUUUGUUUAAGAUUGGUGAGUUUUGAUCUGAGGGAUUUUGUUGUUGUGAGGUGAGAGGUGAUUAAUUAAGAUGAUUAUUUUGAUUUUUAGAAGUUCAAAUCCCAUGUAUUUUUAUUUUUUGUCUGGAUAAUAAUUUUUUUUUCUUCA